AUGAGCAAUUUUACAGGCAACACAGAAUGGUUAUUAGCAAAAAUUGUAAAAAUUGAAAAUGAAAAGUAUAAAGUUGAACUAAAAAAUAAUUCGCUUUCUGGUACAAUAUUUACCCGAUGUUCAGAAGAUAUACGGAAAUUUAAUGUUGACUUUCAAAUUAACGAAAUAGUUGAAAGUUGGAAUAAUAAUGAAUGGGUUUUAGGAAGAAUAUUAGGAAAAGAUGAGGAGGAGUAUAUCGUUCGUAUUGAAAGUGGAGAAUUUUAUGGGGAAAUAUUUAAGAGUUAUCCAAAUAAUUUAAAAAAGCAUGGGGAAUUGGAACAUUAUGAAAUUGAUGAAAUUGUUGAGGUAAUGAACAAUGACAAAAUAACAGGAGAAACUAAUUGGAUUAAAGCAAAAAUAUUAGAAAUUAAGAGAGGAAAUACUUAUGUUGUAAAGAUUUUAGAGAAAUGUAAAUUGAAUGGAGCUGAAUUUAAUAGAAAUAUUUCUAAUAUAAGAAAAUUUAAAAGUGAAAAUAACUUUCAAGAUUUUCAAGUUGGUGAAGAAGUUGAAGUUUAUUUUUAUGAUAAAUUUGGAGACAAGACGGAAUGGGUGAAAGCUAAAAUAUUACAAAUUAAAAAUGGAAUUUGUAUUUUGAAGAAUGAAACAAAUAUACUAAAAGAAUAUUAUUCUUUUAAUUUAAGAAAGAUUAAUUCUAAAUAG